UUAGGCUAUAAUAGACUGCAGCGUUUACCAAAAGACAUUUUCAAAAAUCUGAAUACUUUGCAGGAACUGUAAGUAUUAAAGCAUCCUUCGAUUUAUUAUACCUGCUUGCAAGCACAGAACUGAGAAAGUAAUCCACUUAAGAUUUCCAAAACAGGUCUCUUUUUUGUAUUUUGAUAAACUUGAAUUUGAUUUUUAAAUAAUUUAAUCUAUUUCAAUGUUUAUUUGCACAGUAAACACCAAAACGUACAAAGCAGUAGGCCACUCCCGAUUUCCAGUUUAUUUUAUUCGCUCUUUUAAUUACAUGGUUUGGGAACUUUGUGUUAUUCUGUGAAUCCAAUUUCACUAAUUUGCCUAUCAGUAAGGAACGGAGUUUAUGUUUUUUUCUUCUCCUCCUUCUAAAGAUCCCUAGAGCCUAUGCAGUCGUAGGUCGUACCAGUCCCCGGCUCGUUUAGAACCCGGGGGGACCACCAUAUGAAAGGGUGGGGAUGCUCGUCGGAAAUUUUGAAUUAAACCCCUAAAGGAGAUCAAUCUGGGCGUGGCCCAACGUUUUUUUGACCCCCAAAAGCUAUCAUUUUAAACUUUGAUUACAUGAAUAGAGUAAAUUAAAACGAAUGGAACAUAUAUAACUUUUUAAUACUUCUCCGAGUGCAACCCUAAAAGUGACCUUUACGGCUAAAUAUAAUGUUGUCUUGCCCAGAACACCCUAAGCGACACGACGAGCAGCAUCCCCGUCCCUAUCAAAUGGAAGUUCCCCCCCCCCCAGAUCUAGAACAUGGCUGAUUGGCUAUUAAGGUGGUAGUUGUGAUGAAGAGAGUCGACCGUAAAGGAACUUUGUAAAAUGCAACUCUGAUUUUUUUAAUCUUUCCCAAAAACCUUUCCCAGUUACAUGUUCAUGCUCAUCCACAUAACUAUGCAUUUAAACUGUUUUCAUUUGACAGAAAUCUUCAAGGAAAUGAAAUUGAAGACCUACCUGUGGGGAUGUUUGGAGCACUAUCCAACCUACAAAUCCUGUAAGUAGAUCAAUACUUUACUCCAGCGAGUGAUAGAUUCAUGUUUCAGGGCUAGAGCACUUUAUCCUCACUUAUUUAGUGGGAGAAGAAAACAAGUAGAUUAUCAGCUAUCGAGAAAUAUCUUAUACCCACUUAAAUAAGCUUUUUUUACGAGUUUAUUUCAUGCGCUCAUAUAAUUACAUGGUUUGGGAACUUUGUGCUAUUCUGUGAAUCCAAUUUCAUUAAUUUGCCUAUCAGUAAGCAACAGGGUUUAUAUUUUUACUAGGCAGUUGUUUUUAAUCGCCCUUUAGUGAUUUUUAUAUUGCUUAUUUUGGUUUGUUGUUUUUUAAAGGAAUUUAGGCUCUAAUAGACUGCAGCGUUUACCAAAAGACAUUUUCAAAAAUCUGAGUACCUUGCAGGAACUGUAA